AUGGCGGUAACGAGCGGUGUCUCAUUUGUUUUAUCAUCAAUAUUAACAGUCCUACUCUUCUCCGGUAUGCAAAUAUACAAAGGUUGGUUUAGUUCCUCUCAGCUCCAUACAGUUUUUGGAGGAUAUCUUGGCUCAAUUUUGUUUAUACUUAUGCUCACGGCUGUGGGUAAUCUGGAGGCAACUUUAUUUGGCAAAUCGUUCCAGUCUAAACUGUUUCCUGAAGUUGCCGGCUCUCUCUUCGUAGCCAUGUUUGCAUCAGGGAUGGUGCACAGGGUUGCGACAACUACUUGUUUCUUGUUUUCAUUAAUUGCUCUUUAUUACAUGAACCAAAUUUCACAACAAGUAUACUCUACUAGUCCAACAGCUUCUACAGUGUCUUUCCAAACUAAGAAAAGGAAAGAUCAAUCAACACCGAUAGUUCUUUUGAACCAUGUGAGUUGGAUACAACAAAAGUGGUUCGGAUACGUUAAGGUACAUGCUGCCCAGAUCUUUAGUGUUGGAGUUUUAUCUCCUGUGUGA